AUGUCACAAGCAGGACCAAGCAAAGCAAGUCAUCAUCUCUCUUCCGGAGCUUUAUCAGGUUUCACAUCGGCUGUAUGUCUCCAACCUCUCGAUUUACUAAAGACGAGGUUACAACAGAAUUACGAAGAUGGAAGAAGACGUAAGAUUGUCGAUACUGUGAAAGUGGUCUUGAAAGACGAUGGAAUCUUUGGUUUGUGGAGAGGUACAACACCGACUUUGAUACGAAACGUCCCAGGCGUCGCGAUAUACUUCUACACUUUAUCUUCCAUCCGAACACAUCUCUCUUCCCUUCCUUAUUUCUCCAUCACCAACUCAGAUCGUUCCGGAUUUAACCCUUCCCCAACCAAUUCUGCUAGAUCAGCUUUGGUAAGAUUAUCGAGUCAGGGGAACUUGAUAGCGGGGGCUAUAGCCAGGACGGGGGUGGGGUUCGUUCUGAAUCCUGUCACGAUUAUCAAGGCACGGUAUGAGUCUACCAAAUAUGGGGAAUACAAUUCCGUACUGGGAGCCGCUAGAUCUCUCUGGGGGACAAGCGGAGUGAGGGGGUUGUUCCAAGGUGUCACGGCUACCGCAGCUAGGGAUGCUCCUUAUGCUGGACUUUACCUUGUGUUUUAUGAGAAAGGAAAAGACAUCACAGGCCGACUUAUCAGGCCAGAAUGGAACGUCCCCAACGCUGCUCUUCAUUCUGCGUCUGGGGCUUUGGCUGCGGUAGCCGCAACGGUGAUGACUUCCCCUGCUGAUUGUGUGAAGACAAGGAUGCAAGUUGAUCCUGUGGGUCAUGGAACGUUGAGAGGAGCGAUCAGGAGGAUAUACAGUGACCGCGGGCUAUUAGGUUUCUUCUCAGGAUCAUCACUCCGUAUCUCGAGAAAAGCAGCUUCGAGCGCUAUCGCAUGGACGGUCUACGAAGCUGUUUUGAUAUUCUUGAGAGAUCACCCAGCUGGUUUUACCUGA